AUGGAGGGCGGCUUCGCGAAAGCGCUGGGAGUCUGGAGCUCCCAGCCUGGCAGCUGUUACCAGGUGUGGCUGGAUGAUAUGCACCAGAUGAUUUACGAAGAGCGCCAAAACGAUGGCAAAGAGGUCCGCGGCAUGCUGCUGAUUGAUGAUAUUUGGAUGGUGGGGCGCCUGCUCUUCAGAAAUACCGGCGAUGUAUUUGGCACGUUGAGGCUGCGGUACAUUGAAGAGUCUGAUUGUCUGGUCUCAUACUUCCAGAGAGCCGGCAGUGACGAGUGGGUUCAGGCGGUUUCAAGCCGGUGCCUUGCGAAGGCAGAUGCGCCCCUGAACGAGCUGAAGACGGUUUCAAACCGGACAAGUCGAGCGAGGUCCAGUCCACAUAUGUUGGAGUUGCCCAAAGAUGGCGAUCUCCCUUGGAAUGGUGAAGACUCCAUGCUUCAGGUCUAUCAGCACGAUGGAUUGUCACCCUUGCUGCGAGACUGCGUUCUGCACUCACUCAAGGCCCGGAUCAAGUAUUUGGAGAACGCGAUGAUGCACGACAAGGAGUCUCCGAGACCCUUGGAGAUUGGUUGGCGGGCCUCGCCUGCCCAGAUGGUGCCUGCAUCAGGCAAUGAGGCGCAGGAGGCCCGACCUCGCCAGAAGCUGGGCCAGAGGCAGAGGCGUUUUGCCAGGACUGUUUGGCAUGAGAUUGAGGAUGCGGAUGUUGAUGCUGCUCAGCAAAAGCGCCCAAAAUCCAUCGACACAGGCGCCGGCGCCGGCGCUGUCGCCCGGUCUGAAACCAAGGACCAAGGCGUCCAGUGCGAUGCACAGGCGCAGGUUGAGACACAAGAGCCACAGAUUCCUGACGAGACGAGCCAGUGGAAGGAAGAAGCCAGUCCCAAGAGAAAUGCUCACCUGCAAGCAGUGCUCGAACGACAACAACGGCGAUGCCUUGUCCUCGCCGAAGAUGUGGCUCUUCUGACGGAGGAGCUGCUCGAGCUCCAGGCGAAGCCGCUCACUGCCACCAGUCUUUGGGUUAGUCCCGAAUGA